AUGACGUCUAGCCAUCCAGCGGGAAUAGUGAAAGAAGAGCAAUGGAAAACGGCGAUCCGCAUACAUAACGCCUACCUCCACACCUGCAUGUCCAUCGACGAUUUCAGCUACUUCGACGCCCUCCGCAAGCUCCAUCAGAAAGCACCCGCCUUGGUGACUCAUGAGUUCCACAAACUCCUCUUACCACAAGCAGAACGCCCCCCACUCAUUGGAGCCGAUGCCCCUACUCUAAUCACUAAAGUACAGGCAGGGGAUCUUCAGACUAUCGCAGACACCGGGGCCCAAAAGCUGCAGGAUAGCAGCCAGCAAAUCAAGAAUCGCAUAGAAGCGGAUGCGCAACUCGCUCCGACUGAUAGGUCUAAGGUGCCUGCAUGGGCUCAGCAGAUGAGAGAGAAAAAUGACGAGGACAAGAAGAAGUUAACGGACCAAAUGGAUCAAAUGACCGAGGACGCCAUUGCGAAGAUCGAGACUUAUCCUCCUGAGCAGCAGGCACCGGCUGCGAAUGCUUGGAUGGUCGCUUCGAAUAUCGUGACGCAGGUCCUGGGAAAUAUUGUGAAUGCGUUCAAGACAGCUUUAGACGCUGUCAUCAACUUUGUGCAUAACGCGAUUGAAAAGGUUGAGGAGGCUUUCAACGCAGCCAAGAACUGGUGUGAAGGAGCUGUUAACGAUGUCGGCAACUUUUUUAGUCAUCUCUUCUGA